GUAAUCAUAACCUAAAAAUUUCUCUCAUUUCUCAUUGUAAACCGGUAUACUUUCGUUUUUAGAUGUUUUAUUUUCCUAUAAUUAUUGAUUCAUGAGGUAUGGUGAAAAUGUCUCAAGUGGCUCAAAACGAAUGGCUGUCUCUGUUUACUACCGAUGUAGAAAAGAUUUGGAGCACAUAUCCUUCUGGAUUACGACUGAUAUUCACUGCUCACUACAUACUCCAAAAGCAGCUGAAGGAGUUUGAAGCUCAAAUCAACAAGAACAUGGAACGUUUCAAACACCAAGUAAAGACCACUGAAAAAUCUAACGAUGACAACAGUAGCUUUGAAAUUUUACCUACGCAAGAUUCCAACAGGUUAAUUAGAAGCCCAAAAAUACAAGGGUGCAGAAAAAGACAUCAUAAAAACUCGACCAGUCCUUCUUUACUUGCGGUAGCAAAGAGUAAGACAGAAGAACCUCUCAAACCCCUAAAAGAAAAUUCUUUUAAUCUGUUAUCCAAUGACACGGCAACACCUGAUCUUCCCGAAGUGGUUGACUCUUCGAUACUUAUAAGUAAUUCACCCGACACUAGUCUUUCCAAGAAAUCCAAGUUUGUAAAACGAUCCGAUUUAUUGAGGAAAAAGAAGUCAAGCUCGUUAACUUUAACACAACUUUUCAACACCAUGCCCACUCAGCGUGAUAAAUCUGACAAUGUAAAGCAAAAGGACUUUGAAAACUUGCCCAAACGUAAUUUGUUUAAGGACUACGACAUACUUCCAUUGCCCAAAAGUAAAUCGCCGGAGUACCCGCAUAAGACCGAGGCCGUUAAGAAAAAGUCGGAACGAAUGCAGUUACAAGGAUGGUCGUGUGCCGAAUGCAAGGAGUACUAUUCGAGUUUUGACUUGCCGCCCGAAAAGUUGAAGGAGAAAAUGAAUCAGUGCUCGAGACAUCGCAACAAAUAUGAACCUCUGGACAAUACGCCUAAAGGAUUUUGGGAUAUAACGAUUUUUAGUUCUCAAGAUGAUUAAUUGUAAUAAUUUGUGAUUUUAGACAUUGCUUUUAGUUUGGAAAGACUAUUUUUUUUAAAUAAAUGUUUUACUUUUUUA